AGCUGUCAGUGUCAGUUGGGCGCGCGCACUGGGUAGCGCGAGAGUCAGUGACUGAGCGUGCGAGCGAGCGAGAACAGCGGUUCGGUGCAUGUGCGUCCUCAACUGCUUUACCAGCGCACGCGCUCUUUUAAUAGUAAUUAGGCUGCUCGCUAGUUUUGUUAAUGUAUAUUUAGUUCUUGAAACCUUGUUGUUUCUUAGUGAAUUUUGAAAGGAGCAAGCAGUUUCAGAAAGCGAGUUUUUAGAGGACGGCUGGCGGUUUCUUACUUAUUCACUGUGAAAAACUAAACGCGUCAACUCAGUAGUUUUAUUUAAAAUAGUGAAUGAAUUCUAUAGUUUUUUUUUUUUUUUUUUUGGAGAAUACUUAUACUAGCUCGUAAUUCCAUUUCUGUGCAAGCUUAACAUACCUAGGGCCGGGGCGCAUGAUGACAGAUAUUUAAUUUUUUUUUUCUUUUUUUUUUUUUUUUUUUCCUGUAUCAAACGAGGAGGAAAAAAAAGGUACCGUUAGUAACUUAUCGCUGUUCUCGCGCAGCGUGCGUCGUUAAGCGAAGUGCGUUUUAUUAAACAGUCGUAUCGAAGUAACCAGAGAGAAGAGCGUCGUCUGUCGUCACGCGCACCGCCGCCGCCGUCGUCAUGCUCUCCAUCCUCGCGGAGUUCCUCGUGGUCAUCCUUAAAGUGCUCUGGGCGUUCGUGCUGGCCGGGCUGCGCUGGCUCGUGCGGCCCAAGGAGAAGAGCGUGGCGGGACAGGUGUGCGUGAUCACGGGCGCGGGCAGCGGCCUCGGGCGCCUUUUCGCCACCGAGUUCGCGCGCCGCCGCGCCACGCUCGUGCUGUGGGACAUCAACAGCCGCAGCAACGAGGAGACCGCGGAGAUGGUGAGGAGCAUCUACCGCGAGCUGGAGCAGGAGCGCGAGCGGGACGGCGCGGCGGCGGGCGGACAGGGAGCUGUGAACGGCGUCGAGGAGGUCCCUCCGUUCCAGCCCAAGGUGUACACCUACGUGUGCGACGUGGGCAAGCGUGAGAGCGUGUACUCAACGGCGGAGAAAGUGCGGCGCGACGUGGGCGACAUCGACUUGCUCAUCAACAAUGCCGGCAUGGUGUCGGGUCACCACCUGCUGGAGUGUCCCGAUGAGCUCAUCGAAAGGACCAUGAUGGUCAACUGCCAUGCCCACUUCUGGACCACCAAGGCAUUUCUUCCCAAGAUGCUGGAGAUGAACCAUGGACACAUUGUGACAGUUGCCAGCUCUCUGGGAUUAUUCAGCACAGCUGGUGUGGAGGAUUACUGCGCGAGCAAGUUCGGUGCCAUCGGUUUCCACGAGUCCCUGAGCCAUGAGCUGAAGGCUGCUGAGAAAGACGGGAUCAAGAUGACGCUGGUCUGUCCGUACCUGGUGGACACCGGGAUGUUCCGAGGAUGCAGGAUUAGGAAAGAGAUCGAGCCGUUCCUGCCCCCGCUGAAGCCCGAAUUCUGCGUGAAGCAGGUUAUGAGGGCCAUCCUGACCGACCAGCCCAUGAUCUGCACACCUCGCAUCGUCUACAUGGUCAACUUCAUGAAAAGCAUUCUGCCGUUCGAGGCCGUCGUGUGCAUGUACCGGUUCCUUGGCGCCGACAAGUGCAUGUACCCCUUCCUGGCUCAGCGAAAGGAGGCCAUGAACAACAACGAGGCCAAGAAUGGGAUCUAGGGGGCGCUGUUCUCAAGUCUGUCGACUUCCUGGGAAGCAAAGGACAAGACCACUGACGGAGUGUUUGGGGAAAAGACUGAAUCUCGACUGGUGCACUUGCAUUGCGCAAAUGCGAAGGUUUACCAUAUUGUUCCUCUGGAACAAAGAAAGCUGUGUACUACACUAAGGUUUUUUUUUUUUUAUUUUUUUUUUUUUUUUUUGUCGUCCAUGGUUUGUUUGAAGAAACCAACUGUCUAUAUACUGUCAAUAGUUUUGAAAUCAUACAAAAGGUAUUCAAUAAUUAAACUAUUUACGUAAUGUAGUCACCAGCAUUAUAUAGUGUAUUUGUGAAAAUAUACAGUAUGUUACUGUAUGAACAGUAAAACUUGUCACUUAUUUUAUUUUUGUUUUGUUGUAGAAAUGCACUGUAAUUAUCGACUGACUAUUCCUUUAUACUGCCAACGAUAUUUGUGUAAAACAGUACCAUGUGAUAGCAUUGCCCCACCCCCUUACUUGUCACACUGCUGGCUUUGGGACCACAGAGGCUGAUACAUGUGGACUGCUAUGAACAAAAGGGUCCAUGGUUUCCUCCAUUUGUUUGUGUGUGUCUCCGAUUUGUCCGUCUGUUGCAUAUGGUGUCACUUUGUGUGAUGGCUCCACUUUCACCUCUUACUGCUGUUAACGUGUCUCCUGUCAGCUUUUUUUCAUUGUCAAAACCAGUUUGUUCUGUCAGUGAAAGGGAAGUACAGUCAAUAGCUCAAUGUGCUGUGGUUUUUCGUUUCUUUUUUUUUUUUUUUUUUUUGAGUCCACGUAAUAUAGUCUGAAAUACAGCUUUGUAUUCCUUUCAUCUUUUCCUUAGACGGCAGCAUCUGUGAUGUUCCCUGUCGUGUGCCUCAUUACUUCCCUGUUCCACAACUCUUGUAAGUUGAUUGAUUGGUAAAAAGUGGUUCAGUACGAAAGUAGAUGUGAUGGAAAGGGCUACGUUGAGAUAAUGCUCUAAAGGCAUUUUAAACACUACUGACUUUCCAGUGUUUUGUGCUGAGAUUGUGGGGGAAAUGCUGCAUUAACUUUUUUUUGGCUGAAGCUUAACUCUUCUCAUGAAGGGCCACUCCAACAAUGAGUCCAUUUGCACCACAAAAAUUUCCACUCAUAGAAUGUUUGGCUCUUGUUGCUGCAGGAAGACAAUUCUUUGAAUUAACUACAUUCCAAUAGGCUUUAUUGCUUCAUUGAUGGUCAUGAGCCUAAAAUCUCUACCUCUCUUAGCUGUAUGCCAUUUGUGGACAGUAUGACAAGCCUCCUUUUGUAAUUUCUUUUCACUGCUCUUUAGAGGAGCAAUUUUACAUGGUUCCAAUGUUUAGUGUCUACCUAACUUAAAUUAAUAAAGUGAUUUAGAAUA